GUGAGAGAGCAGAGGAAAUAUUCAAUCUGUGUCACUCACUCCUGUGAGCCUGCCUCCUCACUCCAGGACUGCGAACGGAAGCAAUCACCAAAAUGAAGACUGCUUUCAUUUUGCUCAGCAUUUUGGGAAUGGCCUGUGCUCUCUCAAUGAAAAAUUUGCAUCGAAGAACCAAAUUAGAGGAUUCUGAACAAAAUGGGGUCUUUAAGUAUAGACCACGAUAUUCUCUUUACAAGCAUGCCUACUUUUAUCCUCCUCUAAAACGAUUUCCAGUUCAGAGCAGUAGUGACUCAUCUGAAGAAAAUGGAGAUGGUGAUAGCUCAGAAGAGGAGGAGGAAGAAGAGGGGACUUCAAAUGAAGAAGAAAACAAUGGAGAGAAUGAAGACUCUGAUGGAAAUGAAGAUGAAGAAUCCGAGGCUGAGAACACAACCCUUUCUACUACAACACUUGGCUAUGGAGAGGAGCCCACCCCUGGAACAGGGAAUAUAGGUCUAGCUGCAAUCCGACUUCCCAAGAAGGCUGGGGAUAUAAAAGGCAAGGCUACAAAAGAAGAGGAAAGUGAUGAAGAAGAAGAAGAAGAAGAAGAAGAGGAAGAAAAUGAAAACGAAGAAAAUGAAGCAGAAGUGGAUGAAAAUGGGCAAGGCAUCAACGGCACCAGCUCCAACAGCACAGAGGCAGAAAACGGCCAUGGCAGCAGUGGCGGAGACAACGGAGAAGAAGGGGAAGAAGAAGUCAAUGCAGAAGGAACCACGGUGGCUGGAGAGCAGGACAAGGGUGGCUCUAAGACAACAACCUCUCCAAAUGGAGGGUUUGCACCUACAACUCCACCACAGAAGGUCUACAGGACCAGCACCCCUCCAUUUGGGGGAACCACCACCACUGGAUAUGAGGGGGAGUACGAACAAACAGGCACCAAUGAAUACGACAAUGGCUAUGAAGUCUAUGAAAAUGAGAAUGGGGAACCUCGUGGGGACAAUUACCGAACCUAUGAGGAUGAGUACAGCUAUUAUAAGGGGCGUGGCUAUGAUGGCUAUGACGGACAAGAUUACUACUACCACCAGUAAAGGCCCAGCCUAGGAUGAAUUCAUUCAUUCUGGUGUUUUGUAUGGCUAUUGUUUUCAAAGUUCAACUCAGGAAGGUGCAAUACAACAAAUGUGCAUAUUAUAAUGUGGAACGGUGCUACUGUUCCAAAGUGAUUUUCUGUAAUUGCUUCUGCAAGUAAUGGGCUUCUUGUUGCUUCUCCUUGGUGUGUUAUUGAAAGGUCGUUGUAAGUCAGGGCCAUUUAUCAAGUGGUAAACCAAUCCAUGAGAUCAAAUUUGACUGAAUGUUUUGAGGUUGUAGUUCUAUAAAUAGUAUUUUUAACAUGUUUGUACUAUUACUAACUGCUAAAACAUACUCUUUGUGCAAGAGGUGCUUCUAAGAAAAGAGUUAUUGACAUUAAUGACACUGUAUACAAUAAAUAUGUAGUUCCUCAAUCACACUGCCUAUCCAACACUGUAUAUUAGCUUUAAUUAUCAUCCUCAUGUGUUUUUAUGUAACCUGUAUGUAUAGUCUAUCUAUGGGUUUUAUCACAAAUAAAAAUGCAAUUCUUCAAAUGUGUUAUAAUUAAGAGGAAAAAUGAGAGAUUCAAAAUGAAAAAAAGGUGAGACCGGUGGGGGAACAAUUCAGCUAAAGGAUAAAAGCUUAUUUCCACUAUGGUUUAAAUCUCAGAAGAACUAUAAACAUUUUCUCAUGGAUAAAUCAAUAUAACUAAGAUUUUGACAAGCUUGUGGGCAGAGUCGCCAUAUAUAUAUCAGGAGAAUAAAUGGCUUUUAUUA